GCACCCAUUUUUAUUAGCGUUUGAACCUGUACUUUUUGUAGCAUGUAAACCUUAAGCUGCUUAACCAUUCCUUGAAGCAUUUACACCAGCGGUUCCCAACCUUUUUGCUACCUGACACCAGUUUUCUUGAAGACAAUUCUUCCACGGACCCGGGAGAAGGGGAAGGGAUGAUGUGGAGAUGAUUCAAGCCCAUUACAUUUAUUGUGUGCUUCAUUUCUAUUAUUAUUUCACUGUAAUAUAUAAUGAAAUAAUUACACAACUCACCAUAAUGUGGAAUCAGUGGGAGCCCUGAGCUAGUUUUCCUGCAACUACAUGGUUCCAUCUGGGGGUGAUGGGAGACAGUCACAGAUCAUCCGGCAUUAGGUUCUCAUAAGGAGCACGCAAUCUAGAUCACUGGCAUGCGCAGUUCACAGUAGGGUUCACGCUCCUAUGAGAUAAUGGCACCGCUCAUCUGAGAGGAGGCAGAGCUCACGUGGUAAUGCAAGGGAUGGGAAGUGGCUGUUUCUACAGAUGAAGCUUUGCUCACUGGCUGGCCGCUCACCUCCUGCUGUGUAGCCUGGUUCCUAACAGUUGGGGAUCCCCCAUUUACCCAGCAAGAUAAAUACAUUAUUAUGUCAAUUGAAAUUCUUCACCUUGAACCACCCCAAAUUACCUUGCAUACCUACACCCACCCAAGGGUCCCGGAGCACACUUUGGGGGCUGUAGACAGUAAGCCUGGAGCUCCACGGAGCAUUCCAUCUCUCCACCAUCUGUGGGCUAACAGGCUGUGUUAGUUUCCUACGGCUGUUUUACAGUACCACAGACUGGGCACCUUCAACAACAGAAUGUUACUGUCUCACAGUACUGGAGGCCAUGAGUCCAAGAUCAAGGUGUCAGCAAGGUGGGUCCCUUCUGAGGCUGUGCAGGAAGGCUCUGUUCCAGGCCUGUCUUCUUAUGCGCGGGUGGACGUCUUCUCCCUGUGACUCUCCAUUAAGGGUGAUUCUGGUGAGGGCUCAGAAGAGGAGACUUGGACAGAAUGUUGGUAGGUAAAUGUGUCAGUGGAAACCAGAGGGUAGACAGGACUCCAUCCAUGCCCAGGGCUUUCUGGGGACAGACCUGUCCAAGCAGCAGCGAUUCCCAACUGAGUUCUUUCUGGAAAGCCAGGCAACAGCUGGGGCUGGGCCCUCUGGGAUUUGUUUAGUGACCCGAUGAUGUGGGAGGCCUGCAGUGGGUGGUUGGGUGGGGGGUGGUACUGCCCAACCUCAUUGCAUCACUCACUUCCCAGGUCCUGCCCUCAAUCCCUCCUGACCAGGCCCUGUCCUGGUUCUCAGCCACCCUGUCCCAGUGGAUGCUUCAGCCCACUCACUGACCAAGUGAGGGACUGACUCCAGGUUACAGAGUGCUGUGUUUAUGUGACCUGAGAAUAUGUGUGCGCAGAGUGUGCCCGCAGUGUCCUUGUACAGUUGAGCAUAUACAUGUCCUGCCCGUGUGUAGGCAGCCUGUCCACACAUGCCUAGGAGUGUGACUCCAUGUCCUGGUAGAUGGGGAAGGAGAGAGGGAGUUGUGCCCAGGGUCCCGAUUACUUUUAUGGGUGCAUGUUUGUGCAUCUUGUUAGGGGUCCUUGGGGGUAUGGAAGAUUCUCCCCUGGGUGCCCUUGAUCACCUGUGUGUGCGUGUGUGUGUGUGUGUGUGUGUGUGCAUUAGGGGGUGUACUGUGUUACAGCAUCCUCAACCAACUCUGUAUGUGUGCAUAUGUUUGUGUGUGUGUGUGUGUCUUACAGGUAUGAGCGAGUGGAUGCUUCCACUACGUGUCUGCACACGUGUGCGUGCACUUGCAUUGUCCUUGCACACCUGCGUGUGUCCCGUGAGAGCGAACGGAGCCCCGCAUGUGCUGGCACCUGCAGGAACGUGUGAGUGAGUGUGCGUUCUGUGGGUCCCUGUCCUGCUGGCUCCCCGCUUGUCCCGAGGGAGUGCGCGCACGGGGUCCCAGGCCGGCGUGUCCGCCGGUGUGAGUGCGAGUGAGUGUGGCCCCACGCAGCUCUCUCCGCUCCGCGCUGCCUGGGCAGCCCGCACACUCACGCUGCGUGGUUGCUGCCGGGUGACUCGGGCUGGGCCGGCCCCCUGCCUGCCCGCCCCUGGCACUCACUCGCGCUGGCCUUCGCGGAGGCCCCGCCGCGCCAUGCCGGGCCUGCUGAGCCGCCCCCGGCGGGGGUCGCUCCGGGCCGGGCCGUGCGGGGGCGGGGAGGCGCUGCCUGUAUGACCCCCCGGCGGCGCGGGGAAAAGGCGACCAUUUGCAUCCAGGAGCAUGUGGCCAUCGACGUGUGCCCCGGCCCCAUCCGCCCCAUCCAGCAGAUCUCUGGCUACUUCCCCCACUUCCCGCGGGACCUGCCCCAUGACGCCCCCGCGCGCCCAGCCACUGCCAGCGCCGGCCGCCGCCGCCCCUCUGACGGCGCCCGCGACGACGACAAGGAUGGCGACCAUCUCUUCGGAAGCCUAACGAUCCAGCACAGGUCCCAGCCCUGCGCAGCCGGCCGCCAAGCCGCCAGAGGACCAGCCGAACGCCAAAGGCUAGGAGUGGACGAUUGCAGUACCUGUGUCGAGCUCUGCACAGGUGACUGGGACUGCAACCCCGGAGACCACUGUGUCAGCAAUGGGUGUGGCCAUGAGUGUGUUGCAGGGUAAGAACAGGUAAAAACACCAGGCCCUCCCUGCUUUCUGAAGCGUUGUUCAGUCUAGAUGAAGAGUUAUCUUAAGGAUCAUCUUUCUCUAAGAUCGUCAUCCCUUCCUGGAGUUCCUAUCUUCGAAGAUGUGACUGUCUGGAGUUCCUUGACUAGGAAGAUGGAUGAAAACAGCGAGCCUGUGGAUGGAGACUACAGGGGACAUGGGAGGCAGGGAAGAGGGGUUGUUUCUUUUAAUAAAUCAUCAUUGUUAAAAGCA